AUGGCCGAGCGUAGAAGCACUGAGCUGCCGCAGGGCCAAGUCCAGCCGGAAAAGGGCUCUGAAAUUGAGCUUGACUCGAAGACCCAGCCCAACGACACCGUCGACGUUGAGGCAGACCUCAAGAAUGGAGUCACAGUCGACAUUGACGAAGCAGAGCUCUUCCUCCAGCAGCAUGGAAUUCCACACUCUCGUCUUAAUGAGCUCAUGGAAGACGAGGCUGCACUGAAGAAACUUCGCCGCAAAGUGGACUGGACUCUAAUGCCCCUUCUAUGCGGCACUUACCUUUUGCAAUAUGUCGACAAGCAAGCCCUGGGUUAUUCGGCAGUUUUUGAUCUUUUUACAUCAACUGGCAUGACGAGUGAUCAGUAUAGCUGGAUGGCCUCGAUAUUCUACUUUGCAUACCUGGUUGCUGAGUGGCCUGCAUCAUACCUGGCCCAGAAGCUUCCCACCGGCACUGUUGUCAGCGUCUUCGUCAUAUCUUGGGGAAUUAUUCUUCUUUGCACUGCAGCAGCCCAGAAUUUCGCUGGUCUUGCUGUUUGCCGCUUUCUUCUCGGGAUGUUCGAGGCGGUUAUCACGCCGGCUUUCAUGUUGAUCGUUAGUCAGUGGUAUACCCGCGACGAACAACCAGCCAGAGCAGGAUUAUUUUACUGUUUCAAUGGAUUCGGCUCUAUGUUUGGAGGGGUGCUUUUCUUCGGAAUUGGUCAAGCAAAGGGCUGGGACGUGUGGAGAAUCAUCUAUGUCUUUACAGGAGGCUUGACGGUGGUUUGGGGAGUCGUCCUUUACUUCUUCCUACCCAGCAACAUCCUUACAGCUAAGCGAUACUCUGUGGAGCAACGCGCCAUGCUAGUUGCUCGAAGCGCGAGUAAUAACACUGGUAUUUUGAGCCGGAAGAUUAAGCCAGCACAGAUCAAGGAGGCUCUCUGCGAUACGCAAGUGUGGCUGCUAUUUUUCUAUACUCUUCUCAACGAGUGCAUCAACGGAGGCAUUGCCAACUUUUCUAAACUCAUUGUUAAGGGCUUCACUCAUGAUGCUCUUCUUACGACCGUGUACGGUAUUCCAUACGGUGCAUGCACGGCGAUUUUUAUGUUCACAGGACCUUACCUUGCUAGUAAGGUAAAGAACGUUCGAACAAUCGUCAUGAUUGUUUGGUUGAUACCCACACUCAUUGCCGUGUGUCUAUUUUGGAAACUAGAACGAACAAACAAGGGAGGGCUGCUUGCUGGUUACUACCUGUGCGCCUCCUUUGUCGGUUCCCUCAUUGUAGCUUUGCAGAUGCCAGCAUCCAAUGUCGGCGGCUACACAAAGCGUACAACUGCGACAGCAUUCGUCUUCCUUGCCUACUGUAUUGGCAACAUCAUUGGCCCUCAUGCUUUCCUCGGAUCUGAGGCGCCGAUAUAUCAGACGGGUUGUAAGCUGAUCAUUGGAUGCAUUGGAGGACAAGCUGCUAUUGCACUCGUGUUACGUUACGUGUUGAUUCGUAGAAACAAGCUUCGGGAUGCUCAAGGCGACGCGGCGAUGUUUGCAAGUCAGACAGAUGCUUUGCAGGAUUUGACAGACUUUGAGAACCCGACCUUCCGGUACUCUUAUUAG